AUGAACGAUCGCCGUUAUCCGUCGUCCGAGGAAUCGGACGACGAAUUGCGCUGUCGCGAGCCCAUGCCUAAGUUUUUGUCCGAUUCGGACGACGAAUGGGCGAGAGUCGAAGCACCGUUGUCGAGUGCGCGCGCGUCGGUUGCGAAGGAGGACCCGCGAUGGAAUCUGGCUACCCAUCAUCUGCGAAGGGAAAUCGGAGCGCGAAUCCAUCGCGAGCGAAAGUGGAUAGAGACGACGGUGGCGAACUCCGUCAGGGCGAGAGAUUAUAUGCGUCGCCUGCCGCUCAAGUAUUAUGUCUAUCACGAGUCGGUGUACGGAGGACAGAGCAAGAUAUAUCGGGUUCAAACCGGCUGGUUUCGUCGUCUUUUCGACCGAGUGAAGUUCAACGUUUCCGAGGGUGCCGGCUUGGACGGAGGGGAAGGUGGUAGCGGCGGCAGCAGCGACAGAGGUUUCUCGUGGAUCGAGAUCGACGCGGCGUUCCAACGUCGCGUGCUGACCGGCGCCGUGACGAACUCGACGUACAUCGAGCCCGCGCGAUUUCUCAACGACGCGAAGGGCACCGUGCUCGAAAAGGUCCAGGAUAAUAUGACCAAACACGGGUGUCUGAAGGUCAACGUCAUAUUCAACGGAGAAUUCGUAGCGGACGUUAAGACCGACGUGAAGAGUAUCGCUACGCGGAACGAACAGCUCCUCCCGGGGUCCGAUUUGGGCGAGUGGUACGAUAGGCACGUGCGCGACGAGAUUCUAACGCGGUUGGAAGAAUUUCAGGAACGCGACAGCGGAUGGGCGUUGUCGCAAAUAUUGAACCUAAUCGUGAACGUGAACAAGUGUAAUCCCAUGCGCGUGGGAUGUUGGAUGAAAAUACCGCUGGGUAUAAGACUUAAAAAGGCGGUGGUCAACGUGCCGUCGGAGAACGACACGUGUUUCGCGCGCGCGGUGGUCGCCGCUCUGUACCCCGCCGAGCGGCACGCGGAAAGAUGCGGCUCGUAUCCCGAUUACGCGACGGUGCUGAAUCUCGACGGGAUCGAUUUUCCCAUAGAUCUGAAAAAGAUCGGAAAAUUCAAACGUCAGAACGACGUAUCGAUCAACGUGUUUACAACUCGGGAAGCAAUUGAAAAGAAAGCUAAGUUCGGCCGAGGCGCCGACCACAACGCGAUCGUGCCUCUGCGGUUGACCGACGAUAAGCGGGACAGGCACGUAAAUCUGCUGUAUCUGCCCGAUACGCUGCGCGGCGUCAACAGGGGCCAUUUCGCCUGGAUAAAGAAUCUGUCGCGAUUGAAUUCGCAAUUGACAGCGAAGUACGUUUGGUACGCGAAGUACGUUUGCGAUCGAUGUCUACACUAUUUCUAUACGCGCGACAAGUUGGCCGUCCACAGCGUCGACUGCGGUCGAAUGAACGACUGCGCCGUCGUUCUCCCGAACGAGAGCGACAAGUGGCUGUCUUUCGACAAUUACGACAGAAAGGAGCGACUUCCCUUCGUGGUGUACGCGGAUCUGGAGUGUCUUCUCGAACGACGGGAGAGGGAAAACGUCGAGGAGGGCCCGAGAACGGAAAGAUACGCUUAUCAGCGUCACGUACCGUUCAACGUGGGCUACUAUCUGUGCUGCACCUACGACGAUACCGCGUCCGCGUACAGAUAUCGUCGCGGCGAGGAUUGCGUUUCGUGGUUCGUGAACGAGCUUCGCGUUCUCGCGCGUCGCGUUAAGAAUAAAUUUUCCGCCAAUAUAGCGAUGAUGGAACUUACGGAGGACGAGAAAAGCGAAUUUCUGCUCGCGACUCAUUGUCACGUGUGCGGGAAACCGUUUCAACCGGAGGACAAGCGCGUGCGGGAUCACUGUCACCUAACCGGACGUUACAGAGGUCCGGCGCAUUCUCGUUGCAAUCUGAAUUACAGAAACGUUUACGUGAUUCCCGUGUUCUUUCACAAUUUGUCGGGUUACGACGCGCACUUCGUCGUCGAGAAAAUCGCGAACGAUUUCGAGGGCGGGGUCGAUCUGCUGCCGCUCACGAAGGAAAGCUACAUAUCUUUCUCGAAGACCGUUAAGGAAACGCAGACGGACGGGAAGUGGGAUCGGUACGUGAGGCUUCGAUUCGUGGACUCGUAUAAAUUUUUAGCGGCGAGUAUCGAAACCCUGGCGUCCUAUCUGAACAGGGACAAGUUGAGAAUCACGCGUUCGGAGUACGCGGAUUUGAGCGCGGAAGAUCUCGAUCUGCUCACUCGCAAGGGAGUGUUUCCGUACGAGUACGUCGACGACGCGGACAAACUGCGGGAUACCGAGCUUCCGCCGCGCGAGGCCUUUUACAGCUCCCUGACCGACGAGACCGCGAGCGAGAGCGACUACGAGCACGCGACGAGGGUCUGGCGACGUUUUCGCGUGCGAGAUCUCGUCGAGUACAGCGAUCUGUAUCUCAAGACCGACGUGCUUCUUCUGGCGGAUAUAUUUGAAAAUUUUCGGGACGCGUGUUCGGCGAGUUACGGGCUUGAUCCCGCGCAUUACUACACGUUGCCGGGGUACACGUGGGACGCCAUGCUGAGGUACACCGGCGUGCGUUUCGAGCUGCUCACCGACAUCGACAUGGUGCUGUUCGUGGAACGCGGAAUACGCGGCGGCCUCAGUCAAUGUUCGCUCAGGUACGCGCGAGCCAAUAACAGGCACGUACCGACGCACGACUCGUCCCAGCCUACUACGUAUCUCAUGUAUUACGACGUGAACAAUCUGUACGGCUGGGCUAUGAGUGAAUCGUUGCCCUACGCGAAUUUCCAGUGGCUCGACGAUCCUGAGAAUUUCGACGCGACGACCGUGCCGACGGACAGCGACGUCGGUUACAUUUUGGAGGUGGAUUUCGAGUACCCGCGAGACCUGCGCGACGCCCACGCGGACCUGCCGUUGUGCCCGACGCGCGACAAACCGCCCGGCAAGCGACAGGAAAAACUGCUCGCCACUCUCUACGACAAAUCGCGCUACGUGACGCACUAUCGAAACCUGCAGCAAUGUCUGCGACUAGGUAUGCAUUUGACGCGCGUUCGUCGCGUUCUACGAUUCGCCCAGUCGCCGUGGCUUCGCGUCUACAUCGAGCUGAACACCGCGCUUAGAACGCGCGCGAGCAACGAUUUCGAACGGAAUUUGUACAAACUGAUGAACAACGCCGUCUUCGGCAAAACUAUGGAGAACGUGCGCGAUCACGUGGACGUGCGUCUCGUGACGCGAUGGGACGGGAGAUACGGCGCGGAGGCGUUGAUCGCUAAGCCGAACUUUCACAGCAGGAGCGUGUUUUUGGAGAAUCUGGUGGCGAUCGAACUGCGAAGGCUCGAAGUAAAAUUCAACAAGCCGAUCUACGUGGGUAUGUCUAUUCUCGAGAUAUCCAAGACGCGUCUCUACGAGUUUCACUACGACUACAUGGUGCCGCUCUAUCGCGACCGUUGUCGAAUUGCCUACACGGAUACGGACAGUCUGAUCUAUUCGCUGGAGUGCGAAGACGCGUACGAGCGUAUGAAACGCGACGUGCACAGGUUCGACACGAGCGAUUACGCGGAGAACAACGCGCACGGUAUGCCGCGCGUCAACAAGAAGGUGCCAGGUUUGAUGAAGGACGAGAACAACGGCGCGAUCAUGACGGAGUUCGUGGGCCUCAGAGCGAAGAUGUACACUUACAAGGUACUCGGACGCGACGACACCAGAAGAAUAAAGGGCGUCAAGAGAAACGUAGUCGCAAAGAGGAUCACGUUCGAGGAUUACGUGGAGUGUCUGCGGAACGCGCGCGAGCUGAAGACGCGCCAGUCGUGCAUACGCUCGACGCUGCACGAGGUUAACACCGUGUCGGAGCAAAAAUUAGCCCUCAGUCCGCACGACGACAAGCGAUACGUGACGUCAAACGGCGAGGAGACGCUUCCGUGGGGACAUUACAAAAUACCGUUGUAA